AUGGGUGAAGAAGCCUUACCUUUACCAUCUCCUGGUCGAUGUAUCUAUGGUUAUGGUCUAUUUAUCUUAUCGAAUUGCCUUUUGAUCAUGUAUUUCAUUUCACUUAUUCCUGAUCAUUUGCUUGACGAUUUUGGAUUAUCUUAUGUCCCAUCAAAAUAUUGGUACAUUGCGAUUCCAACGUUUCUUUCAACUUUAAUCUUCGUAUUUGGUUUCAUUAUUUAUCCGUCAAUUGUGAUGCUAUUAACUGAACCGAUGGAGUCGAUACAUUUGUUUACAGAUAAUUUUUCUAAUCAAAAAUGUAAUUUAAUCCCGGAUCGUGGUGACAUCUCUUCAAUUUAUGAUAUUCCGGUUGAAAUUACAACCAAAAUGCACUAUUAUAGACCAGAAAUUGCGUGA